UAUGUAUAUUUUACAGCACUAGUCUUUUCGCACUGUAACUUUCUGAAUAGAAUUGAUAAGAACUAGCUAUUUAACCAAUUUAGCAACUGCCAGCGAAGCUUAAUUAUAUACGUGUUACAAUUACUCAUAUGUGGCAUCACAUCUAAAUACAAUGUGUACAUACUAAACAUCUGGAGCGUUUAAAUUUAUCUCGAAACGAGCGGUCGCUGCUCGGGUUUCGGCGAUUUGCAGUCGUGGUGUUUUGUUAUUGGAGCAGCAGCAGGCAGCCGUAGCAGCAAACAAGAUUAAAAAUAAACUAUCUUGAAAUGUUACUACUUUGAAUAAGCGAAAAAAAAUGCAAACAACACAGCUGAGCACGUCACAACAGCACAAAUGCAAGAAAAAGUGCAACAAAAAUAUAGAAAUAUUUUUGUCGGUCUACCAUCCAUAUAUUUAAAUGAGACGCUGAUUUCAAAUUAAAAGCAGAGAAACUCUACUAAAGCGGACAACGCGAUAAAUUAAAAUAUAUAAGUAAACCAACGAAUAACACGUUCAAAGUGAAGGUCAACGCCACUAGCGACAAACAAAAACAAUAACAAGGUGAUAAGUAACGGCAACGGUGGCUGCCAAAAACGAUAAACGAACAGCACCAGCUGCUUGGAAUUGGAGCUAGCACUCAAGUUUAAGCUUCAGCUCCCAGUUCCAGUUCCAAUUCCAAUUCCAAUUCCAGUUCGAGCCAAACGAUACGAUGAGCUCAACUACAUUGUCGAUCGUGGCACAGCGUCUGCUGUUGCCGUCGCUGGUCUCUCUGCUCCUGCUAAUUGUGAGCGUAAUUAGUGACGAUGCGAGUACGAUGCCCACACAAAACAUGUCGCACAAGGAGCGCGCCGAACUGCGCGAGGAGUCACGUGAAAUGUUCUAUCAUGCAUAUCAUGCCUAUAUGGAGAACGCAUAUCCUGCCGACGAGCUUAUGCCACUUUCCUGCAAGGGACGGUACCGCGGUGUGACACCUUCCCGAGGUGAUAUGGACGACAUAUUGGGCAACUUUUCUAUGACAUUGGUGGAUUCGCUGGACACUUUGGUGCUGCUUGGCGACUUUGCCGAGUUCGAGCACGCCGUUAAGCUGGUCAUACGGGACGUGCAAUUUGACAGCGAUAUCAUUGUCUCUGUGUUCGAGACGAAUAUUCGUAUGGUGGGUGGCUUACUGUCGGCUCACAUACUCGCUGAAUACCUGCAAAAGCAAGCAGACGUGAUGCAUUGGUAUAAGGGUGAAAUGCUUGAAAUGGCCCGUGAGCUGGGCUAUCGCUUGCUGCCGGCAUUUAAUACCACGACGGGUAUACCGCAUGCACGCGUCAAUCUGCGACUGGGCAUGAAGGAUCCGCAGCUGAAGAAGUCACGGGAAACGUGCACCGCCUGCGCCGGCACCAUUUUAUUGGAGUUUGCCGCAUUGUCGCGGCUAACUGGCGAUCCCAUCUUUGAGGUGCGCGCCCAUGCUGCAAUGGAUGCACUGUGGAAGCUGCGACAUCGCGGCUCUGAUCUAAUGGGAACGGUGCUGAAUAUACACUCUGGCGAUUGGAUACGCCGUGAUUCGGGCGUGGGAGCUGGCAUCGACAGCUACUACGAAUAUCUGUUCAAAUCCUAUGUGCUACUCGGCGAUGACAAGUAUCUGGCUCGGUUUAAUCGACACUAUAACGCCGUUAUGAAGUAUGUCAGCGAGGGUCCCAUGCUGCUGGAUGUGCUGAUGCAUCGGCCGCAUGCGAAGUCGCGAAACUUCAUGGACUCCCUACUGGCGUUCUGGCCGGGACUGCAGGUGCUCUCAGGUGAUCUAAAGCCGGCGGUGCAAACCCACGAAAUGCUUUACCAAGUGAUGCAGAUGCACACGCUCAUACCAGAAGCGUGGACAGUAGACUUUCAAAUACACUGGGGUCAGCAUCACUUGCGGCCGGAAUUCAUAGAGUCCACGUAUUUCUUGUAUCGAGCCACCGGUGAUCAUCAUUAUCUUCAAGUGGGCAAGCGGGCGCUGAAAACGCUGCAGAAGUACGCGAAGGUCUCCUGCGGCUAUGCAGCCGUCAACGAUGUGCGCACCGGCAAGCAUGAGGAUCGCAUGGAUUCAUUUGUGCUGUCCGAGACGUUUAAGUAUCUGUUUUUGCUGUUCUCUGAUCCGCAGGAUUUGAUCAUCAAUGUGGAUGAGUUUGUGUUUACCACCGAGGCGCAUCUGUUGCCACUAUCUAUAGCACAGCUAGGGAACUCCACGUUUAGCUUUCGGCAAUCGGACGAGCACAAUGUACUCGACUUCAUGCGGACUUGCCCCAGUUCCAAUAAGCUUUUUCCUGAAAAAGUACGCAAACCACUGCGCAACUUCAUUACGGGCUCGUGCCCGCGCACCAUCAGUGGCAAGCGACUCAGUGCCCUCGAUUUUCAGGCAAGCAAUGCAGAUCAUCUGCGAGCUGUAUACGACAUGGGCAUCACCAUGGUUUCGGUAGGCGACCGAAGCCAAGGCAAGGUGCGACUGUUUCAUAGUUUCUAUAAUGCCAAGAGCCAAGAGGAAGGCGAAAUGGGAUUGCAGUUCAUGCAGGAAAUGCUGGAGCUAACCAAAAUGCAGAGCAUGAACCAGCUGGCACAGCUGCAGGCCGUUGCCUAUGCUUUGGAUGAGCAGUCGCAGGACUGGACCGCUUUGGUGGCCGGCCCAUCACACUUCAGUCCAGAGCUAAUCGGUGAACAGUUUGUCGAAGGUGAAGUAGUGCUGGCCAGUCCGUUUCGUGCCUGUGACGAGAAGCUGGAGAACGCCAGCGAUAUAUCUGGGAAAAUUCUUGUCGCGGAACGCGGCGAUUGCACGUUCGUGAGCAAAGCGCGUUUGGCACAAAAAGUAGGUGCCAAGGCGCUGAUCGUCUGUGAUAAUGUAUCAGGUUCUUCCGGCGAGACGCAACCGAUGUUUGCGAUGUCCGGCGAUGGCAAAGAUGAUGUCGCUAUACCCGUCGUCUUCAUGUACAGCCAGGAGUUCACCAAGCUGUCGGCGGCGAUGCAGCGCCGUCCACAGCUGCGUGUUCGCAUCAUGCAAAUGGUGGAGUUCAAGCGGUGGCAGCUGGCCAAAGAGGCUCAUCAGAAUGAAACAGCGGCAGCAGCAGCGGCUGCCGCUCUGGCUGCGGGGACGAUGCCAAAGAAAAAGCCAGACAAGGAGUUGUAGUGACUGCUCAAAAGUGCGCUAGGGCCAUCUCUUUAACGCUUCGGUGAGGCGUUUUCUUAAGUUCUAAAGUGCUUUUCGAUAAACAUUUCACUAA